AUGGUUCAGGAAACUAAGCUCUACAACACCCUCGGUGUCAAACCAGAGGCUACACAAGACGAGAUCAAAAAGGCAUACAGGAAAGCAGCUCUUAAAUGGCACCCCGACAAGAACAAGGACAGCCCUGACGCCGCCGAAAAGUUCAAAGAAUGCUCCCAAGCCUUUGAAAUUCUUUCCGACCCCGAGAAGCGCAAGAUGUACGACCAAUACGGCCUCGACUUUAUGAGCCGUGGAGGUGCACCGCCAACGGAGGAAGCAGGUGGUAUGCCCGGCUUUGGCGGUGCCGACUUUGGCGGGUAUCCUGGAGGCGGCUUUGGAGGCAUGCCUGGCGGCGGUGGUCGCACAUUUCACUUCAGCACAGGCGGCGGCGGCGGUGGUGGCCCAGGUGGCUUCAGCUUCACCAAUCCUGAGGACAUCUUUGCCGAAUUCAUGCGCAGCUCGGGCGGAGGGCCUGGCGGAGGCGCUGGCAUGGGCGACGAUGACUUUGACAUGUUCGGGAGUCCCUUUGGCGGCGCGGGAGGUGGUCGCGGAGGGCCCAGGAGGACAGCAUCCUCCAAACGUCCACAGACACCUGAGAUGCUCUCCGUGGAGCGACCGCUGCCCAUCAGUCUCGAGGAUUUAUUCAACGGCGUGACAAAGAAGAUGAAGAUCAAAGCGAAGCGCUUCGACGCGUCUGGGAGGCAGAUUGUCAAGGAUCAAAUUCUAGAGGUGCCCAUCAAGCCCGGCCUGAAGAAGGGUUCCAAGAUCAAGUUCAAGGGAGUUGGCGACCAGAUUGAGGGUGGACGUCAGGACCUGCAUUUUGUCAUUGAAGAAAAACCACACCCCUUGUUCAGCCGCGAGGACAACGAUCUAGUCUUCCAAGUCACGCUGGGGCUAAAGGAGGCUCUGACAGGGUGGAAGCGCACUGUCACGACUCUUGACGGAAAGAACAUCAACCUUGAGAAGGCCGGACCUACACAACCCGGCAGCGAAGAGCGAUACCCAGGGCUCGGCAUGCCCAUCACCAAGAAGCCCAACACGAGGGGUGAUCUGAUCUUCCGUUACAAGGUGCAAUUCCCGUCGAGUCUGACGGCUGACCAGAAGGCAAAGUUGCGCGAAAUUUUGUAA